GUUGUAAUUAAACACAACUUAUAUCUACGCAAGUACAUAAAAUUUUUUCCUUAUUUUUUGUGGACGUAGUCGCCGGAGCUUUGUUUCUUUCCCUUUCUGCUCUCCCGAUCUGUGCACAUCUUAAACUCUUGCAUUCUUCGCAACUUCUCUUUCGACGUGAAGGCUGAGGAGUUGGAGAAGAACAUUUUUUUUUAUGUAUGUAUGCCUGUAGAUGGUCUGCAGAGCUUUCUAGGGUUUGUGGUGUGGAGUUGAGUUGUGAUUUGAAGUCAAAGCCCGGGUUUGAAGCUCGGGAUUGGAAACAUGGCGCCGGAAAACAGUCAGCAACAGGUUCGAUUCAAUGUGGAGUCCAACUGCAGCGGCAACUAUUUGCAGAAAUUCAGGCUCUACGAGACACGCUCGCACUUUUAUAUGAUUGGACGAGACAAACGUAGAACUUGCUGGAAAGUCUUGAAGAUAGACAGAUCAGAACAGUCUGAGCUGAACAUCAUCGAAGACUCUACGACAUACUCGGAAAUUGAAUGCUACGACCUCGUGAAAAGAAUACAUGAAGGAAACAAGUCUACCGGUGGACUGAAAUUUGUCACCACUUGCUAUGGGAUCAUUGGGUUCAUAAAAUUUUUGGAACCAUAUUACAUGCUGCUUAUCACAAAAAGAAGGAAGAUUGGAACAAUAUGUGGUCAUGAAGUAUAUGCAAUUGCCAAGAGCGAGACGAUUCCAGUUCCCAAUUCUACAGUGCAAUCAAAUAUGGCUUAUUCCAAGAAUGAGAACAGAUACAGGAAGCUCCUACGCACUGUGGAUCUUACGAAGGACUUCUUUUUCAGCUACUCCUAUCACGUUAUGCUUAGUCUUCAGAAAAAUCUAAGCAAUCAUAAAACAGGACUUAUCCUAUAUGAAACAAUGUUUGUCUGGAAUGAGUUUUUAACCCGCGGAAUUCGCAGUCAGCUCAAGAAUACAGUGUGGACAGUAGCUUUGGUUUAUGGAUUCUUCAAGCAGAUCAAACUUUCUAUAUCUGGGCGGGAUUUCAACCUAACCCUUAUUGCGAGACGAUCCCGUCAUUAUGCUGGAACCAGAUAUUUAAAACGUGGUGUGAAUGAGAAAGGACGUGUGGCCAAUGAUGUCGAGACAGAACAAAUUGUGCUAGAGGAUGUUCCAGAAGGAAGCCCAAUACAAUUAUCCUCUGUUGUGCAGAACCGGGGCUCUAUACCCCUCUUUUGGUCACAGGAGACUUCACGAUUGAACAUAAAACCCAACAUCACAUUAUCACAGAAGGACAAUAAGUAUGAAGCCACCAAACUUCAUUUUGAUAAUUUAGUAAAUAGAUAUGGAAAUCCUAUUAUUAUAUUGAAUUUGAUUAAGACUCGUGAGAAGAAGCCAAGAGAAUCUAUUCUACGUGCAGAAUUUGCUAAAGCCAUAGAGUUUAUUAAUAAAGAUCUUACAGGGGAGAAUCGUCUGAUGUUUCUUCACUGGGAUUUAAAUAAGUACUCUAGAAACAAAGCUGCGAGUGUAUUAGCAUACUUAGACAAAGUGGCUGCUAAUGCAUUGGACUUGACUGGCUUCUUUUACUGUCAGAUAAUCCCAUCUUCAAGUAACAUUUUUAAGGGUGAUUAUUCUGCUAAGGUGGAUCUCUGCAAUAUGACUAAAGAUGUUCAAAACUCGGACGCUGAAGUCAAUGUUAAUCAUAAUGGUGACUUGGAUGGAGGUUAUACUAUCAAGCCUCCAAUGUUUCAGAAAGGGGUCCUAAGAACAAACUGUAUUGACUGUUUAGACCGCACGAAUGUUGCACAAUAUGUUUUUGGGCUGGUUGCUCUUGGGCAUCAGUUGCAUGCUUUAGGAUAUACAGUUGUUCCAAACAUUAGCUUAGAAUCUCCUUUGGCGGAUGAUUUGAUGAGGAUUUAUGAAGCAAUGGGUGACACCCUCGCACUACAAUAUGGUGGAUCCGCAGCACACAAUAAGAUAUUCUCAGAGACAAGGGGCCAGUUGAAACUGGCGACGCAAUCUCAAGAGUUCUUGAGAACUCUUCAACGCUACUGCAGUAAUGCCUACAUGGAUGCUGAAAAACAAGAUUCUAUAAACGUAUUCUUGGGUCAUUUCCAGCCACAACAGGGGAAACCAGCUCUUUGGGAACUAGAUUCUGACCAGCAUUACAAUGUGGGAAGGCGUGGUUCUGACGUUGGAGAUGAAAAUUCUUGGUCAAUAAUCAAAAGAUCUCUAUCAGAUGGAAACAUUCUAUGUGAUAGCAACUCUCCUAUUGAUGAUGCAAGCAUAGAACAGACGGAAAUUCCUCACAAGUCAUUGCCUGGAAACAUGCACAAUUACCCUGCACUUCAUGUUAGAAUAUCAGAGAGUAAUUAUUUGUUUUAUCUGAAGGGACAACUAGAGAAGUUGAUUCUAAGUUAUCAAUUUGUACUGUCUCUAACGGUGGCCAUUUCUUGUAGGUAUACCCCCUCAAUGUCUCGUAGACAGCUUUUCCCAGACAUGCAACCAGAACAAUGCUUUGAAACUGAUAGCAUCUGUUUCCGCGAACGCGGCGAUUCAUUUCAUUGUUCAAAUUUUCUUGAUGUUGACUGGCUUUCUUCAUCAGGAAAUUCAUGUGAAGAAGAGACAUAUGAAAGAUCUAUGAUAAUUGGCUCUUCAUCUGCUGGACUAUCAUCAGAUGAGCUUAAACUGGCAACCGGCUCUUCAGCUUACGGGUCUGGAUCAAGCCUCAAGGUUGUUGGAGAUGCUGCUGCAUCAUGUUCAGACACUUCCUCAGGAUUUUCUGAAAGAUUUCAGCAAUGGGUUACCGAUGAAAACGUGUUUUUCUCUUGAUGAGGUGGGAAAACCAGUGUUGUUGCCAUUAUUUCACUCAUUCAACCCGUCCGAAGGAUGUGAAUUACCUACAUGAAGAAACAAAUGACAUAAGAUGAUUAGAGGUGAAUUUUGUUACAAGAUAGAUUUAUCCAAACUUUCAAGUUGUAAAUUGCAGCAUUUAUUUAAGUAGGAAAAGGAAAGAGUAUAAGUAGGAACAGGGUAUUCUUUUAGGAGCUCAUUUCUUGAUGUUUCCAGUCUUUGUAAAUAUUCGUAGGUGUGAACUAAAUUGGAAUUAUAUUUAAAUUCCUGUAAUAUAUUUGUUGCACAUUUGGUUUUA